GUGAGAGAGGGGGCAGCACAGAGAGGAGAAGUGGGGAGAUUCGGGGAAACACGGGAUAGAGAGGCAGAGCGUGUGCGUACCGAGAGCAGUGAAGAGAGAGACCGAGAUAAGGGGGAACCUGCCAGUUUGGUACCCAGGCUUCCCAGUGCGCACAGAUCUCGGCUGCACCGUCCGACCAGCUCUCAUCUCUGCAGGAUGAGUUCAUUCAGUACGAGGGCGCUGACACUUCUCUCGUCGGUUUUUGGGGCCUGUGGUUUGCUGUUGGUGGGCGUCGCUGUGUCGACAGACUACUGGCUGCUGAUGGAGGAGGGAAUCGUCCUGCAGCAGAACCAGACCACUGAGGUCAAAAUGGCGCUGCACUCUGGCCUCUGGAGGGUCUGCUUUGUGGCUGGGUCCGAGAAGGGCAGAUGUGUGGCAUCGGAAUACUUCACAGAGCCAGAGAUAGAGAUCACGACAGAAAACACAGCCAACAUACUCAAAAUGGUCCGGACUGCCACUCCCUUCCCCAUGGUCUCCCUGCUCUUUGUCUUCACCGCCUUUGUAAUCAGCAAUAUCGGGCACAUUCGGCCGCAGCGCACCAUCCUCGCCUUCGUUUCUGGUAUAUUCUUCAUUCUGUCAGGUCUUAGUCUGGUGGUGGGUCUGGUUUUGUACAUCUCCAGUAUUAACGAUGAGGUGAUGAACCGACCUCGAGAGCCUGAGCAGUUCUUCCACUAUCACUACGGCUGGUCCUUUGCCUUUGCCGCCUCCUCCUUCCUCCUCAAAGAGGGUGCAGGAGUGAUGUCUGUCUACCUCUUCAUGAAGCGUUACGCUGAGGAGGAGCUUUACCGGCCCCACCCUGCACUGUACCGCCCCCGCAUGUCCGACUGCAGCGACUACAGCGGCCAGUACCUCCACCCAGACUCCUGGGCUCCACCACAGCGAGGCCGCAGUGCCUCCGAUGUCUCCUCUGACAUCUCCAUCCAGCUCAACCAAACUCCACCCCAGCAGCCAUUUCCCAAGGGGGGCAGCAGCUCCCAGGCAACACCCUCUUCCUCUGGACCGUCAUCAGCUGCCAGCUACCAGCUCCAACCAGCUUCUUCCUCCUCCACCUCCUCCUCAUAUCCACAUCCUCUUCACCCAGGUGCCACCUCCACCCUGUCCAGGGGUUCACAUAUCCACUCCCACCCUCAGCCACACCCUCACCCGAGUGGGCCUGCACCCCAGUCCCUGCCUAUGGCGGCGCCACCCUCUGCCGUGCCUCCUCCACGCUACCACGCACACAUGCGAAUGAGCGCCUCGCCAUGCUAGGCUACAUGUGGAGGGCGCAGGAGGGCGCAAAACACAUCUGGGGUUGGGGAUGAGGGUGGGGGGUUAGAUUGGUUCUGUUACAGCGCUUAUACACCACACGACAAAAACACACAUGAACCCAUACCCGCCAAGUGUGUGGGAGGAAGGGUUGUAGCAAAGAAGUAGAAGAAGUGAGGUUUAAGGAGAUCAAAAAAGAGGAGAGAAAAGAGGGGAGGAGGUGAAGAGAAGCAGGUGGGCGGAGGGAUGACUCACUGCUGAUGCUGAGCCCGAGAUGAAGACAGACACUCAACAAAACUUUUAACACGCUGGGAGGGAACAUGGGAGGGAGUGAGAGAUACGAUGAUUAGUAGCAACAAGACGUUUGUGGGGUUUCUGACGGGUACAUUCAUCAUCACGGCCAUUAUACACAGGCAACAGUGUCAAACAGCACAGGAAACAGGAAGCUGAAUCAUUUCCAAAAUGCUGUCCAUUCACAAAAACAAGAUAAAUGUUGAAUUAUGAAUCAUAUGAAAACAUUACCCAACUUUCUUGUAAUUAAUGUUUUCAUAUUUUUGUGAAUGUGGUUGGGAAGGUCGAUGCAGUAUCUUGAUUACUUUAGAAAUAAAUCUUGGUUUCAUGGAAGUAACACCUUAGUAAUGAUUAUUAAAAAAAUAUGUAUAUUAUUAUAAUUAUUGUUUACAUUUUGGUAUUUGUCCAUAAGGGAAGCUACAUGCAGUAGACUUUUGAGGGUGUUACAUCUAACACAGCUCACAGUUUUCAGAGAAUACAUCUAAAUUUGACUCCGGUCGUCUCAGUUAAAGGAGGAAUUUGACCAUUGAAUGUUUGUUUGCACAUUUUCACAUUGUGUAAACCAUAUUUAUUUUAUAUCUUUAAAAUCUGGUUCACAACUAGGAUGGACCAUUUUUUAAGGCUAUUUAUUCUGAUUUAAAACAAAAUUAUCUUGAUUUUAUUUAGUAAUUUAUGUCAUU